AUGCAAGCCCCGUCCGCAUCAAGGAGUCUUUUGCUGCCCUUCAGGCAACGCAUCGCAUCCUUCGGCCCCCGUCGCACCGUACAUGCCUCUGCUGCCAACCUUCUUGCUCCGACCUCGCCGAGGAUGCUCAAAGACGAGCCUGGCGAUCCAGAACACUGCGGAAGCGAUCACGGCAACGUCUUCGCUCCCCUUCCACCGCUGGGCUAUACGGCUCUGCGCGCCCCGGUUUCCCAGGUGCUCCUCCCGCUGACCGUGUCCAACAAGUGCGGUCAAGCUUUCCGGUGGCGCGCCAUCCAGGUCUGGGAACCAGCAUCACCUGGUCGACCAGCUAGCAAGGUCAAUGUCGACCGGAAGCCAGAUCUGAAGGCCUUGGGCCAUGCUGCAACCGCCUCCGAGGACGAGUCCGACUCUGCCACCACGAACCGGACGGACUCGGUAGCGUGGCGGGCGCAGACCGAAUGGUCACUCUGCCUUUCGGACCGUGUCGUGCUGCUGCGGCAGGACGAGGAGAGGGGCUUCAUCUACCACAGGACACUCCUUCCCGCCUCGAGCUCCUCGGACCGGCCCGACGAAAUCGACAGCGAGACGGAGCGGUGGCUGCGCGACUACCUCAACCUAGAGGUGCCCCUCGAGGCGCUCUACGACGAGUGGGCCAGCAAGGACAAGGUCUUUGCCCGGUUCGCCCACCGCUUCACCGGCCUCCGCAUGCUUCGUCAGGACCCGUGGGAGUGCCUCUGCGCGUUCAUCUGCAGCUCCAACAACAACAUUGCCCGCAUCGGCCAGAUGGUCCAGAACCUCUGCACCCACUUUUCACCCCUUCUAGUCUCUCACACCUAUCCUCCUUGUCCGAUCCCGCCGUCGGAUCCGGUCGCAGCCCGGGUUGAGGAGGAGGUGCAGCCGACGUCGGUCACGGUCCACUUUCAUCCAUUUCCCGCGCCUGAAAGGCUGGCCGAGGAUGGCGUCGAGGACAAGCUGCGCGAGCUCGGCUUCGGCUACCGGGCCAAGUACAUCGCCUCGACCGCCCGCAUGCUCUGCGCCCGGCAUCGGCGCUCGCAUGACGGAGAACAGGAGGGACGCUGGGACUAUGGUGUCAAGGUCGAGGACAAGAGCGAGGUGGCAGGCGUUGCCCGUCAAGAGCCUGCGCCGCUCGUCGAUCGCGCUCCGAGGCCAUCACCAUCAAAGAGACGCAAGGGCAGCACCCCGUCACGUUCAGCCGACGCGGCGGACACCGCCUCAGCAGAGGGAAAAGGCGACGCUGUCAGCGGGGGCCACGUCGACGCCCCACCCCCGCACUCGGUGCGCUCCUACCUGCAGUCUCUCCGGCAACUCAGCUACAGCGAAGCGCGGCAAGAGCUGCUCCAGUUUCCGGGCAUAGGCCCCAAAGUCGCCGACUGUAUUCUGUUGAUGUCGCUGGACCAGCCCUCGAGCAUACCGGUAGAUCGUCACGUCUUUCAGUUUGCCGAAAAGUGGUACUCGAUCCGCUCAAAGAGGUACGAAGACAUCGCCCAGCGCUUCCGCGAACUGUGGGGCGAGUAUGCCGGCUGGGCUCAUUCGGUCCUCUUCACCGCCGACUUGCGCUCGUUUGCCACCUACAACGCCGCCAAGAAGGAGGAACGGGUGGAAGAAGCAGGACCGCUUCUGGCCCGUCCGUCGGGGCGGACGGCAGAUGAUGGCGUCAAGAAGGAGGAGAUGCUGCCGGGAGUUCAUUCCCCGCCCCGCGUUGCUCUGCCCGAGCUCGUUGCGUCUGCUACGCCGUCGAAGAGUCGAGCUCAGAGGGACGAGACGCUCGUGCCAGGCGUCGAUGCCGAUGAGGUGCUUCUGGAGGCGGGACUCGUCCAAGAGACCGGGGCUGAGGAUCGUGGUUCCAGGCUGGCGGCGCCGGCACCGGAAACGACCCUGGCCGAACGGACCAAGGCUCGACGUCGCGCCGCCACGGGCCAUCGGCCAGACUGA